GUUUAUCAUGGUGCUAUGACGGGAUACUUGAUUUUCAUAAGGCGAUUUCGAGGUGGUAAUGUGUUCAAAGAUUGUUCAGGAUGCUGUUCAUGGUGUCAUAGAACUUGAGCCUUUGGCUGUUCAGGUGAUUGACUCUCCUGAGUUCCAACGUCUUCGGGAAAUUAAACAGUUGGGAAUAACUUACUUUGUUUUUCCUAGCUCUCAACAUUCACGCUUUGAGCAUUCAAUUGGCACUUAUCAUUUGGCCAAAAAGUUACUUGAAGCUAUUCACAACGAUCAAAACUACUCAGGUCCAACUUUGAAUUUUCAAGAACAGUUAUCUGUAAGAAUUGCUGCUUUAUGCCAUGAUUUGGGUCAUGGACCAUUUUCUCAUAUGUGGGAAGAAUUCGUUAAAAAAGGAGGAUCGGAAUAUAGUCAAUAUAAGCACGAAAAAAUCAGUGGCCAUGUAUUAGAGAAAAUAGUUCGUUCAAAGCCAAGUUUGCAAAAUGAAUUAAAUAAUCUCAAUGUUGAUAUGAAACUUAUACUCAGUCUUAUACUUGGUGACUCUUCUGCUGUAUUAUCAAAUGAGACCGGAUUGAAGCAGAAACCUUUUAUUUAUGAGAUACUUUCUAACAGUUUGAAUGGUAUGGAUGUUGAUAAAUGGGAUUAUUUACUUCGAGAUUGCUUAUAUUCUGGCAUUGGUGCUAGCGGAACAAAUGUGGAUAUUGACAGAUUUUUACGUUUCUAUCGACCGUUUCUGCACACUGAUCAAGACAAAUAUAACGAAGAUAAAUCAUGCUGUUGGCACUUAUCAUUUAAGGAUACUGAGUUAGAAAACCUACUCAGAACGUUUAGUUUACGACAACACCUGCAUCAAAAAGUUUAUCAGCACAAGACUGUCACAGCUAUAUCAGCUAUGGUUAUCGAUGCUCUUGAACUAAUAGAACCUGUACUGAAUCUCCGAUCUAUUAGCAUGAAAGCAUUGAGAUGUCAGGAUCCUAAUGAUUUGGACGAAUUUCUAAAACUUCAUGAUUCAUUACUAUGGGAUAUUUAUUAUAGACGAGGAUCAUUAUCGAACAUUACUUCAAACGAUCACCUGCCUCAAAUUCAAAAAGCUCAAUCCCUCAUACGUCGAAUAUUGAACCGAGAUCUAUAUAAAUACAUUGACAGUAUUUAUGAAAUGUCAUAUUAUGCACCAAAUGAUGAUACUGAAAACUACCAGCAUUCUUCUGGUCAAGAGUUGUCUAAUUCCAUAAAUGAAACAGCAACUCAAUCAUUGGCGUUGCGUUCUAUGGGCUUAGGACUUGGGCCUAGGAAGAGUUUAUGCUAUGAGCCAAUUCCGCCACAUUACAGAACUUUCGGAGUGACGCCAAAUGAUAUAGGAAGAUGUUCCAAAGAAUCAAUUCUUAUUGAAAUAUUCAAAAGAUUACCUCAAAACUCAGGGAUAAAUUGUAUGAAUGAUCUUCUGGUGACUGAAUCUCGAUUCACUUCAAAUAGUACAUCCGAAUCUCCAAAAUUUUACUUUUAUACUCGGUCAGGGAGUACUUUUACUUAUAGUGAACCCUUACGUGUUAUACGAGCAUAUCGUCUAUAUUGGCGUAGAAAUAAUUCCUAUUCAACAAACAAUGAUAAAUCUUUUGAAUCGUCAACAUGUCGGUCUAUAGCAUACUUAACUGAAGCAUUUAAUCAAUGGCACCAAGAGGUGGUGAUCAAGGAUAAUCAUGAAACAAAAUGUGAGCAGUCUGUAAAUCAGAUUUGAAACACGUUAAAAAAAGGAUUCACUUUCGCCUAAGUAUACGCAACGAAGUUUGGUUUAUUUGUGCACUUGGAAUUUGCUACGAAUACAAUUUUGUUCUCGAUUGCAUGGAAGUAUACCUGUAUUCCACCCCCACCCCCCACCCCCCUCUCCUACUGUAUUUUACUCCUUAUUGCCUGUGCCUACGACCAGCUCUGAUAGAAUGGUUUUACAAAUAUACAGGAG